UCUUGUUGAUGCAAAUAGUAAGUUACUUUAAAGUUCUGAAAUAUCAUUGAAUUUCGACUGAUCAUGUCUAAGAGUGAGUCAAGACUCUCUCUUGUCAUCUCUGCUUUUCUCUGUCUCAGUCUAAUGAUCCUGUCAGCAAAUGAGUCUUACUUUCUUUCAGUACUUAAUAUAAAAACUGGUUUAAAACUGAACAAUUCAAAUCUAUCUAAAAUAACUCCGAAGAAUUCUCUAAAAAUCCAGUACUUAUCAGACUGUUCUGUAUGUCCGCUAUCUUUCAAAUUGAGUACGAUUUUACAAAUAUUUUCAUAACUGAAGCUGGCUAGAAUGGUGAAAAAUGGUGUACAGAUAAUCAUAAAAUAUUCAAAGCCCAGCUAUCACUCUCUAAAUAUCUAAAAUUAAAGAAGGUCCUUGAAGAUAUUAAGGUCACUAAUAAACUAUUUAACCUAUUUUAAAAUGAGAUCCUUUUCUUGUUAAGGUAUGCUUGUUUUCAUCAUCAAUAACUCACCUUUAAAAUUUUCAAUCUGCCCAAUCUCCAAUUGAAAUUUAUGGUUAAUUCCUUCCUCCCUGGGUCCAAAUCCUUCAUCCAAAGCCAAAAAAUUACUCCAAACAGCCUAAAGCCCUCUCCAAAAUCAAUUUUUCCAUAAAAACCCUUCAUCACCCCUACUCACUUUUCAA